AUGAGUCAGACUGUACGAAAGAAGAAUAAAAACAUGAAAGAUCCUGAAGAUGGGGAUAAUGUAGAAAAAUACAGUGAUAACAACGAAGAACUGUCGGACGGAAAAGAACGAUGGUCUUGCCCAGCCUGUUGUAAACAGGGACGAGUUACCCGAAGCGGAUCCACCUCUUCCACAUGCGGUGCUCGUUCAGAAACCACUGCUCCUUUAUAA